UAUAAAUAACCAGGGAGGAGGACAGCAAGUGCAUGCACAGUCAGUCUGAACUCCAUCCACACUGUGAGAGCUAUGGAGAGUAACACUGCAGUAGCAGAUUCUGUCAUAGAAAUCAUCUUUUCCUCAAACCGCAGAGAAUGCCCUGAUCCUAUAAAGGCAGAGGUGGAAGGUCAAAUUCCAAACUGGCUGCAAGGAACUCUUUUGAGAAAUGGACCAGGAAUCCACACAGUUGGGGAGACAACGUAUAACCACUGGUUUGAUGGGCUAUCUUUAUUGCACAGCUUCACUCUCAAAAAUGGUGAAGUCUACUACAGAAGUAAAUUCCUCCGCAGUGACACAUAUAAUACCAAUAUGGAGUCCAACAGGAUAGUGGUGUCAGAAUUUGGGACCAUGGCUUAUCCAGACCCGUGCAAGAACAUCUUCUCCAAAGCCUUUACCUACCUCUCACAUGUAAUUCCUGAAUUCACGGACAACUGUCUAAUUAACAUCAUAAAGUUCGGGGAUGAUUACUAUGCUUCUUCUGAAACCAACUUUAUUAGAAAAAUUGACCCCAACACUCUUGAAACCCUAGAUAAGGUAGACUACUUGAAACAUAUAACUGUGAACCUGGCCACAUCUCAUCCCCAUUAUGACAGUGAAGGGAACACAUUAAACAUGGGAACUUCCAUAGGAGACAAAGGGAAAACAAAAUACAUGUUUUUUAAGAUUCCUAGUUCAGCAGCUAUCCCAGAAAAGGAUAAGAAUAAGUCCCCACUUAAACAUGCAGAGGUCAUCUGUUCUAUCCCUGCACAUCGGCUACUGAACCCCAGCUAUUACCAUAGUUUUGGAGUAACUGAAAACUAUUUCAUUUUUGUGGAGCAACCUUUGAAGUUAGAUAUCCUAAAACUAGCCACAGCUUACUUCAGAGGCGUCAACUGGGCUUCAUGUAUUUGCUUCCAUGAAGAUGAGAAGACUUGGAUUCAUAUUAUCGAUAAAAAGACGAAGAAACCUAUUUCGCAGAAGUUUUAUACAGAAGCCCUUGUUACAUAUCAUCAUGUGAACGCUUAUGAAGAGGACGGCCAUGUUGUAUUUGACAUUAUAGCAUACAAGGACAAUGGCUUGUAUAAUAUGUUUUACAUGGCAAAUUUAAAGAAAGACUUCUCUGAUGAAAGCACAAUGGAUACAGCGCCUACCUGCAAACGCUUUGUUAUUCCACUUCAGACUGACAAGGAUGCAGGAGUGGAAAUAAAUCUAGUAAAGCUUCCACAAACAACUGCAAAAGCCAUGAAGGAUAAAGAUGGAAAUGUAUCCUGUCAACCAGAAGUGUUAUGUGAAGGUAUUGAACUUCCACGGAUUAACUAUAAUUAUAAUGCUAAAAAGUACCGAUACAUAUAUGCUUCAUAUGUUGAAUGGCGUCCGAUUCCCACAAAGAUAGUGAAGUUUGACACUGUGACAAAGACCAUGAAGAGCUGGAGUGAGGAUAUGUCGUGGCCUGCAGAACCUCUGUUUGUACCACACCCUGAUUCUAAAGAUGAAGAUGAUGGUGUUAUAUUAUCAGUCAUUGUAUCUUCGGACCCAAAGAAGCAGUCUUUCCUUCUUGUACUGGAUGCAAAAACAUUCAUAGAACUGGGCCGUGCCAGUAUCAGCGCUAACAUUCAUAUUGACCUCCAUGGUAUUUUUAUACCAGACCAGACAGCAGGACAGUGAUGAAAUGUUCAGGGUUUCACUGCAGCACAUUUCCUUAUCCUAUGGAAUAAACAAAAUAUAACCAAGCCUUUAUCUGAGUCAGUGUGCCAUGAUAUGGUAUGCAACACAGGACAUUUUCAUACUGAACAUAACCCACAGCUACUGGAUCUCAUAAAUAUUCGGAAAAUAUUGAAUUGUGAUCUUAAGACAGACAGUCAUUUUCAUGCAGACAGAGACUGUCACAAACUUGUGUGCAUGUGAUUUAUGUGCUUGGUAAAUUAGGUAAAGUAUUUGUAAAUAAACAUGAUUAUUAAAGGGACAUUAAAGACAACAUUUAACAUCUCAGUUAAAUAUUUAAUUAAGGAAAGUAAAAUAAAAUUGCAAUAUACAUUAUUUAUUUUGUCUGCUUUUGCUGUAAAAUACCUCUGAAAAGUGUGAUUAUACCAUUCCUUCCAGGGAGCCUGGAACACCUCCAUUAUAGUUAAAGGGACAGUAAACAUUAAAAUGUUUUAUAUAAUUCUGAACUAGGUGCAGAAUUAUGUAACAUAAGGAUAGCCUUUCCUUUUAAAUAAUAUUUAGGCAACUAAUUAUGUGACAUUUUUAACAUUUACUGUCCCUUUAAGUAUAGUAAAAUGAGUCUGCAGUAUUCCACAACAAUGAUUGGUUAGCUCAGUGCACUGCCUCAUUUAAAUUGACCACUAACUGGCCACAGCAAUGGAGACUAGGUACAUAGAUUCCAGAAGGCUUUUCAAAUGGUGUAUUCUUGAAUCGCACUUGAUUUGGAAAACAUUGCUAACAAAAUUACUGUCUUAAAUUUUUUAAUUGAAACAUUUGUUGAAAUUUUUUUUUUUUCCGUGCACUGCUUAAUUAAUUAUGUAUGCUAUGGGGUUAAUGUACAUUUAGGAAAGGAGUAUCAAAGAUAUGCCAAUAUUAUAGGAUUGAUUUGCUCCUUUUUGGAAUUUAUCUUGAUCCUCCUUGCUCGAUAUCGAUUAUGUUAAUAUUUGGGACUUUAAGAACUGGAGAUCUAUUCCAUCCUUUUAAAAAUUGAUUGUUUGAUUUCCUAAUAUAUUUUUGACAAAUCCAAUAAGGAACACUAUUCAAAGCAAAAAAAAAAGUUUUUUUUUCCAUUAUUUCAUGUGUCACCUUUGCAUUUUUAUACACACUGAACUAAAGUCCAACUUUCUAAACUUUUGUUAUAUUGAUUUUAUUUUUAUAUGAUUUUACUUAAAGGGACACUCAAGUCAAAAUAAACUUAUGAUCAGAGCAUGCAGUUUUAAGACACUUUCCCAUUUAAUUUGUCAUAAAAAAUCUACUGCUGAUUUGAAAUUCAGAGUAAGUGCUACUGGAUUGUUUUUGUAUUGUGUACUUGUUAAUUAUGUAACUAUACUGCAUUGAGUGGUUCUAAAGGUUUCAGAAGGUUUCAGACUAACUGCAACAUGGGCUCAGACUUUUUGUGAUGAACUUUGAGUGGCGGAAUAAUAGCGCUCACAUCGGAACAAAGUUCUGAUGUAAACACUAUUAGUAAAAAUUAAAGGCCGGGAUUGGAUCAUGGGGGACUGCCCUAUGCUGCUAGCCAUGCCCCCCCAAUGCCGAUCCCUGUCAAAGGGGGAAGCUGCAGGACGCCUUAUAUGGUAGGACAUUCCAUGCCAUCCUAACAGCGUUAAAGGCCAGCGCUGUUAAGACGUUGUGUAACGUCCUAAUGGCGUAAAGGAGUUAAUGGACCUAAAAUAUGAUGUUUGUUGUUCUACAGAUGUUGGUAAAUAGGGCUGAUUAUCAACAGUUGUGACACUCACACUAGACUCUUUGAUAAUAGGUUUGAGCCAGUCUAAUACCAAAAAGUAAAUGCAGCACUUUUAACCUAUCAUUAUUCAUUAUGACCUGUGAUUGUCAUGUUUUAGUGAUUUUUAAAAGAUGGUAUCUAUUAAUGUUAAUAAAAAUAAAUUGCACAUUUGCUCUUCUAUAAUUGUUUACUAGGAAUCCACACUACAGUUGUAUAAAGCCACUAAUUUUUUAAGGUAAAACAUUUGAAAAAAUAAAAACAGCUUUUAUACCUUC